AUCUGGCAACCCUGCUUCUAAGCGCUGCUUGACGUUAGCUUAGCAUCAGCUAAGAUUUUGGAGCUAAUGGAUUGCGUUAGACUGGGAAACAUUAUAUUUAAUGUAAAUGCGUUAAUAUUUCGAAAAGUUGAUUUUCUCUAACUGUAAUGGUAUCUCAGAAAGUCAGAACGCAGUCUUUUGUAGCACAGUUUUUCGACAUGGCUAGCUGACACAGCAGGAUAGUCGGCUAGCUUGUGUAUUGAAUCGGGCUAGAUUUGCUAACGAGUUGCUAACUGUAAAUAAAAAAUAAUAACAAUAAUAAUAAGGUUGCCUAGCAAUUAACUGCUAAUUUAUAAUAAACUGUUCUAUGAUUAUAUUGCUUGCGUGCGCUAAUUAGCCAGCUUGCUAGCUCACGAAGCUAGACAGUUAAUUAACGAAUUUUUGUGUUUAUUGUAUGCAGUAUGUUUUUAACAUAAUAUUUAUUCUCAGUAAAUUAUAUUGUAUUAAUGAGAUUAAACUGUUAUCCACUUUUGAAAGGCAUGCCUUAAUAAAAGAAAAAAAAAGAAAAAUGGUCACUGCAGCUGAAUCCCCUAAAGCUAGCCGGCUAAGCUAAGCUAGGCUAAGCUAAGCUAAGCUAAGCAUCCAUAAGGAAGAAGAGCUGCCAGUCGGAGCGGCGGAGCUUCAGAUGCUCGCGCUGAGCUGAUCACCGAGACUCUCGCGUUACUCCUGCUCCGAAAAGCUGGAUGAAAAUGGCUAAAAUUCAUAUCCAAGGAAACGGAUUGCAGGCUAAAGAUGGGAAAAGUCUGCGGGGCACGACGGAGAGUUUAGCCGGACAGGAAGGCGACUCUCUGGGCUCCGAGUUGGAGCUGAACGGCUUCCCCGAGACACAAGCGGAUAAAUACGGCUUCAUCGGCGGAUCUCAGCAGAGCACCGUGAACCCAGCCGAGGACAUCCCUCCUGACGUGCUGAGACAGAGAGAGGCUAAGUGGCUGGAGAUGCUGAACAGCUGGGAUAAAUGGAUGAGCAAGAAACACAAGAAGGUAAAACUGCGGUGUCAGAAGGGCGUUCCUCCAUCUUUGAGGGGUCGGGCCUGGCUCUAUCUGUCUGGAGGAAAGGUGAAAAGGGAGCAGAAUCUGGGCAGGUUCCAGGAACUGGACAGUGAAUGUGGAGACCCAAAAUGGGUGGAUGUGAUCGAGAAGGAUCUCCAUCGUCAGUUUCCCUUUCACGAGAUGUUUGCUGCACGAGGAGGCCAUGGGCAGCAGGAUCUGUUCAGAGUGUUGAAGGCUUACACACUUUACCGGCCAGAGGAGGGUUACUGCCAGGCUCAGGCUCCCAUCGCUGCUGUGCUGCUCAUGCAUAUGCCUGCUGAGGAUGCAUUUUGGAGUCUGGUGCAAAUCUGCGAGAAAUAUCUACCUGGCUAUUACAGUGCAGGCCUGGAGGCGAUCCAGCUGGACGGAGAGAUCCUGUUCUCUUUACUGAAGCGCGUGUCUCCCGUGGCUCAUCGGCACCUGAAGAAGCACAAGAUCGAUCCGGUGCUCUACAUGACCGAGUGGUUCAUGUGCGCCUUCUCUCGCACGCUGCCGUGGGCAUCAGUGCUGCGCGUCUGGGACAUGUUCUUCUGCGAGGGAGUCAGAGUCAUUUUCCGUGUGGGCCUGGUGCUUCUGAAGUGCAUGCUGGGAUCUCAAGAGAAGCUAAAGGCGUGUCAUGGUCAGUACGAGACGAUGGAGAGACUCCGGGCCGUAGAGCCACGCUACAUGCAGGAGGGCUUCCUCAUUAAAGAGAUUCUGGAAUUGCCGGUGUCUGAGAGAGACAUCGAGAAGGAGCAUCUCACCCAGCUGCGACGCUGGAAGGAAACUCAUGGAGAACUGCACUGCAAAUCUCCUCCCAGAAUGCACGGCGCUCGCGCUAUCAUGGCCGCUGAACCUCCCAGCCGACAGGACCUGCAGCAGAAACCCACCAUCAUCGUGGAGCCGGCACCGAUCAUCAACAGCUCUGAAGAUGAGAGAAAGAAGGAGGAGAAAAAGAAAAGCAAGGCGAAUAAAAAGAAGAGCAAGAACGACUCUUCACUCGACACAGCCGAUCAGGCCCAGGCACCGCAGGACCAGGCUUUACCCAGCCAAUCGCAGGCACUGCUAAAGGACACAAAUCUUCAUGCAUCCAAUCAGAGUCUGAGCAGUACAGAACAUGACACGUACCUGUAGGGUGCCACGUGUUGGUCGUCCCGACCUGUGAAUGUUUACUAACUGCGUCUGAAGUCUUCUGGCCCAAACGGCCCUCACUCAGGUUUCUGCAUCCGGUGUGAGUGGACUGCAGUUCCCAGAAUGCAUUGGGAGCAAAUGCUGGGGUUUUGUUUUCCUUUACACAUCACAUCCAUGUGCUUCAUGAAGGAAUUUGUAUGGGAGUUUUUUAUGUUCUCUUUUUAUCCUUAAGGACCAAGAAUGUGUGAAAGCCAUGUUACUUACCGUAUUUUCCAGAUUAUAAGGCUCAGUGUUUAACAGUGUUUUUGUUUAGUAAUCGUGAGAUUUUAGCAGUGGGACGGUACACUACCAUUAAAUCACUGCUAAGAUAACAUUGAAAAUCCAAGUGUUAUGCUAGCUACAGACAGCACUGACAUAGUGACCAUAAUCAGACGCACAAAAGCCACUUAAUAACUCUCAAAUACAGCAACACUAAUGAAAAAUUAACUAGACUAAACCAGCAGAAAGCAAUGUAGCCUCAUUUUUGAGACAACAUUCUGGACAAUGCCAGCUACAUCAAAGGUGCAGUUUGUAAUUUUAUACAGUGUUUCUAGACCUAAAAUAAUGAUAUAAUUUUAAAGAGAGCUUAGAGCAACUAUGACACAUAUAUUGAUUUUUCUUUUCCUAAGCAGACAAAAGGGAGAAUGGCUUAUAGUCUGGAAAAUGCGGUGCAUUUAUACAGACAUGCACACAGACUCUGAAACAUCACUGUGUGAUGGCGACAAAAAAAAAAAGGGCUGGAAUUUUCAUUAUCAGGCCCAUUUUAGCAGCUUAAUGUUGUCAUCUGUUGAGCAAAAUGAUGCUAAUGAACCAGCAUGGCUACUGUGGCACUUUUGUGUGCUGUAUAUUGGGAAAUGGCUGAGGCUUGAUAAACAGCUUAAUUAGCUGUAUCUGCUUUAGGUAUGUGUCGAUUUAUAUACUAUAAGAUUGUCAAUCAUUCCAUUUGGGAGGAGCCUAGGUAGCCAGCCGUUUUUUUUUUUUUUUUAAAGAAAAAAUCUGUCCUGUUUUUCUUACUUUGUUCUGCUGAGAGAAUGCAUUAACACAGAGGACAAACCUCUUGGCUUCGACUGAGGGACCAUUUGAUAGUAUCUAUAUUAAAUAAGGAAUAAAUCACUACAGGACAUGCUGUUUUUGCUGGUAAUGCCUCACACCACCUCGUUGUUUAUUAUUUUCCUAUAACACCAUGUCCUGGAGUGAUUGAUUCUUCUUAAACCACAGCAGUUUGCCAACACUAAAAACUUUUUAUUUAUUAAACAACAUCUCGUACUUUUUAUCCAUUUAUAGUUACUUUUAAUGUUGCAGAGAUGAGAAAACAAACUCGACACAUGACUUAUCUGCAUGUAAUUUUGGUUAAACCUGCUUAAAGGGCAUCAGGCUGUGUCAGUGCAAGUGUAUCUGCAUGCAGUUCAUAGGUUUUAACCACUAGGGGGUGCAGCAUGGCUUUCUAUGCCUUGACCUCCAGUUGAAGUAGGAAAUCAGAUACAAACAGUUUGAUUGUGUCCAAAACUCAUAGGGGCCAAUAUUUUCAAUGACAGGACCAAACAUGGCUGUUCUGUCACUUAGUCAGUCUGAUUUAGAAUCAAAUUAUGUUAAUUACAGAAAUGUAAAGCAUGCAAACAGAGGACUCAACACUCAUAGUCAGCAUCACAUGUAUAAAAUGUCAAGUUCAAUCCAACAUGAGCCGGCAUCUGAAGCCGAUACUGGCCCGGUACUCAGUACAAAUCAGUGCAUCCUUAAAAAAGAGACAGAAACCCAGAAGAUACACUGAUCUGGUGUCAGUAUUGGACCAUUAUCAGCCUGAAAAUUCUCUCUAUCAGCUCUGAUUUGUCAUAUUUCUGAUUGUAGUCUGAUCCACUAACACUUUUAUGACUUUUUUUAAAAAAAAAAAAUCUUUUCUUUUUAUGCAAAUCAAGCAGCUCAGUGAAGGGAUUGUUAAUCCCAUCUGAAGCUCUUUCUCUAAAUGAGAAAAACAGUGCCGAAGCCUCACACACAUGCACCUUUGAAACAGCUUCUGCAAUUAUUAAAUUAAAUAAAAAGAAACAUUUUGGAUUAGAACCAGGUUCUAUUAAAAAAAAGAGAAAACUACAGAUGUAGUCACACAAAGACUGACUGUGAAUGAGACAAGUGAGGGGCUCUCGUCAUGGAGGAAGUUUAUAGACUUGUGCCAAACUAAUAAGUAGGCCAGUCAUAUUUAACUUUUGGUUUUAGGUAAUGGAGCUAUUUCGAUUUUUGCCCAGGGCUGUAGGGAAAUUGUUAGAAAUUUACACCGAAAAGCAUUUCUUUUCUUCCAAAAGCAUUUCUUAGCCUCAGAAAACACAUGCGCUUCCAUUUUAACCAACACCAUUUCAAUCCACUCCAUGAGACUGCUCCAUGAGUGUAAAAACUAGAUAAAUUCCACAGAGAUUGAUUUAAAUCACACACUCACAUGUCUACUCGACAAUAAUGCAGUAACUGUACUGUCCUGUAUUUGCAGUACGAAGUGUUUGACGAUAAUGACACUCGCUAGAUAUGGAUAUAAACACAAAUAUGCGGUUUAUUCAUACCCCAGGAUCUCAUGUCACACAGUCAUGACGCUUUUGUGUCAUAUCUGACGUGAAUUCUAGAUAGGCAUGUGCCGAUGUUCAUUUUCAUAUCAUGAUAAAUUUGUUAUAUGAAUUUAUCAUGAUAUGAUCCACUAGAUGACUUUUAUCUAAACAAAACACAAGAGUAACAGUGAUUUUCCAGAAGAAAAAAAAAAAAUAUUAUGCAUGCUAAUUAUCUGAGGAGUAAAACACUUCAGGAUGUGCUGUUUUAGGAAAAUAAUCAACCUAUCACACCACCCCGAAGUUGAUUAUUCUCCUAUAACUGCAUGAAGUGUUUUAUUCCUCUUAUACCACAGGGAUUUGCCAACAACUACAUUUUAAUUUAUUAAAAAAAGCAACACAUAGUGCUUUUUAUCCAUUUAUAGUUGCGUUUAAUGGUGUGGAACGUCCCUGAAACAAAUUAGUUCCUGUUUUCACUUGUGUUAUAGCAGCUAUAAACAGUUGUUCCCCCACCAGCCUCACGUUUUUCCUCUCCCUUGAAGUUAGACAAAAAACACAGGUUGUUACUGAGAAAUCAGAAAUCUCAAAUCCCUCUGUUCCUGAAGACUUUCCCGUGGUGGAAAACCUCUAGUUACAGCUUUACCUCUGAACAUUACAAAGUGCUAACACUGGAGACUCCUUCCAAAACUGCAUCACCAUGUCAACAAUUACACGUUUUUCAAAAUCUGUUUAUGUGAAGCAAAUCCCUGUGAAUUAGCGAUUAGCUGUAAUUUCUGUCUUAAACUUAAAAAACUCUUAAAAACUUAAUCAACCCCUUCUGACCAGUCAGAUUUAAGACUUCAAGCACUGUCGUAUAAUUCAUAUAACGACACAUGAUUAUCGGCACAUGCCUAGUCCUAAGAUUCAGAUUGUUCGAAUAACAUAAACGUGUUUAGCCAAAAUGCACUAAUAUAAAUAUCAGGCUACGAGAAAGAACCGUUCUCACGUGAGGACGCCACUUCUUUCCCCUAAACCACUUCCUGUUUAAAGACAAUGAUUAGCUUUCAGAAUUAUCAGAUGCUGAAUACCAUUAAUAUGGAGAAAUUAAAAUGAGAGCAUCAUUAAAUGUUAAGAUGUUACUAGGAUUUGUUUUAAUGAUAAAUGUGAUUAUGGGAACUUGGGAGGAGUGCACACUUGGGAAAUCUUUCUUUUACAUGAAAGUGACAUUCCUGGGAGACUUUUACAACGCUCUGAUAAUCCAUGAACAUGAUGUGUGUGUGUGUUUGUGUAUGCACGUCUGUGUAUGUUUCUAAUCAUUUUUCUUUUGGAGUAGUGUUAAUGGGAAAUUCUUAAGUAGCAGUUUGUAUGAUGUUAUCUGUAGAUCCAUGUUCUGUGUGUGUGUGUGUGUGUGUGUGUGUGUGUGGAGCAUUGACUUUGUUAGACAGAUGUGGUUUGCACUUUGGUCUCAGUUUUUGCAUUUCUUUUACCAUUUAUGGAUAAACAGAACAUAUUUUCAUGAUAAAUCUAUUUUGCUUAUUGUAAAUAGCAUGACCAUAUUUGGACACUAUAGAUUUAUACAUUGGGAACAGAAAUGCACCUUGUCCAUCUUUAUCUAUAUUUAGCAUUUGAAUUUCUGAUUAAUGAAGAGAUGCUUAUAAUACUACAGGCUUUCUGUGUUCUUGUGUCUCAGCUCCAUUUAGAGACAAUUGUGUGAUGAAUCUGUUGAGCUCAGUACACACAGGUAAGAACACGAACACUGCGCACUGUGUAUUACUUCUUGCCAUCAUGUCCACACAGCUUGUAGCUACACUUAUUGGCCAUUCUAUCAGCUACACGUGAAAUACAGAUCAUUUUGUAGGUGUACAGUUACUCACUGGAGUUUGUCGGUUGCCUUGCAUAUGUAUUUGCACCCCUUCUACCCUGUAUAUCAAUGGAACAAGCUCAGAUAUUAUGUGAGUGGUGUUGAUAUGAGUGUAUACAAGGCAGUGGUUACACUAAUGAAGGCUAGAGGAUGAUGAACACACACUGUGCAGGGAAAAGAAUGGGAUCUAGUCACUAACUGUACACUUACAAUCUGUACGAACAAAGUAACCGUAUGUAAUAAAGUGCCGUAAGUUUAUUUUUUUACUUCUUUUCACAUCGUCAAAUUGUGCCGUUUUAUUUCCCCCCUCUCUGUAUCAUUCAGAGCCGAUGCAUGCCGUGUCUCUGUGUCGUUACGGAAUCAGGCAGGAAAGAAAGAGAGAUUGAGAGAGGGAUGGGAGAGGUGAAAGAGUGUUCUGUGUGGAUCGUCCUCCCCCGGACACCUGGUCCUCUCACACUCUUUAGGCUCCAUGUCAAGAUUUGCAUCUGAACGGUGCUGGCAUUCUCCUCUCUCCCUGUCUCUCUCUUUGUCUUCUAUCUCUCUCCUUUCCCAGCAUUUCGCUGCAUCCUUCAGCGGAUGUGACACACACACACACACACACACACACACACACACACACACACACACACACACACACACACACACGCUGCUACCUUUUAUGUGCAUGCAGCAAUCAGCCUGCUAAUGGUCUAAUACCUCAUACUAAGUAUGUCAUUAUUAAUACAUCACAGUCAUAACAUUAAUAGUUACUAAUUAAAACUUUAUUAAUAUUAAAAAUAUUAUGUGACAAUAAUAAUGUAUAAUAAUAACAAAAGGCAACAAACCAGGCAGAACUUCAGCUGUAUAACAUGGAUGAAGGAAUAAAGACAUCAAAUAUAAA